UAGAGCACCGUCUCCACAACAGCAAAAGACAGGCCCCAGUAACGCUCCACAGUCGCAGAUUAACCACUCCUAAGUCACUUGACCUCCAGAGCUCGCGAGCUCAACCCUCCUCCAAGGCUCGAGCUCCGCCCCCAAGAGCCCGCCCCCGAGGCCGCCCCGCGAGCCCGCGCUUACGCUUUCCGGGCGGCGCGCGACGCGCUCGCCCCGCCCGCCAGCCCCGCCCCCGGCACCCCCUCCCUCUCUGGAGAGCCGGCGCGUAGGACCUGGGGCGUGCGGCGUCAGGGACGCGCGGGCACCUCAUCCUUCCCUCCUUCCUACACUGUUGCUACUUUUCGCUGAGACAUUCCAGCUUCUCUUUCCCUUCCGUGAGUCCCUCCUUCCCUCUCCUCGGAGCCCCGAGCGGCCGCCGCCGCUCCCGCGUCCCGAGCGAGCAGGGCGCGUGCGCGCGCGGACGCGGGCGCGCGGCCGGCGAGUCCCCGCGCUCCCUCCCCCUCCCGCGCCUCUAUAACUUGGCUGGCGGGGAGGAGGCGCCGCCGGAGUCGGAGGGCGGGGAGCUCGGAGGAGGGAGCUCGAGAGUUGUGGAGACUAGUGACUGGGAGAAGUCGCAGCCCGCUCGGCUCGGCUCUUCCCGCUCCCCGUCUCGCGCUCACACGCCUCCUCCGCCUCCCGCCCCAUCCGGCGCCCUCGCUCCUUCUCGCGCGCGGGGCCCCUGCCGGUGCUCUCCGGGUCUCGGCGCGGCGGGGGCGCCCCGGGGGUGCCCUCGCCCUCCGCGCGGGGCGGACGGGCGGCGGGCGGGAUGUGGCGCCUGGUGCCCCCGAAGCUGGGCCGCCUGUCCCGCUCACUGAAGCUGGCGGCGCUGGGCAGCCUGUUGGUGCUGAUGGUGCUGCACUCGCCGUCGCUGCUCGCCUCCUGGCAGCGCAACGAGCUGGCCGACCGGCGCUUCCUGCAGCUCAAUAAGUGCCCGGCGUGCUUCGGCACGAGCUGGUGCCGCCGCUUCCUCAACGGGCAGGUGGCGUUCGAGGCGUGGGGCCGCCUGCGCCUGCUGGACUUCCUCAACGUGAAGAACGUCUACUUCGCGCAGUACGGCGAGCCCCGCGAGGGCGGCCGCCGCCGCGUGGUGCUCAAGCGCCUCGGCUCGCAGCGCGAGCUGGCGCAGCUCGACCAGAGCAUCUGCAAGCGGGCCACCGGGCGGCCCCGCUGCGACCUGCUCCAGGCCAUGCCGCGCACCGAGUUCGCGCGCCUCAACGGCGACGUGCGGCUGCUCACGCCCGAGGCGGUGGAGGGCUGGUCCGACCUGGUGCACUGCCCCUCGCAGCGCCUGCUCGACCGCCUGGUGCGCCGCUACGCCGAGACCAAGGACUCGGGCAGCUUCCUGCUCCGCAACCUCAAGGACUCGGAGCGCAUGCAGCUGCUGCUGACGCUGGCCUUCAACCCCGAGCCGCUGGUGCUACAGAGUUUUCCAUCUGAUGAAGGUUGGCCUUUUGCAAAAUAUCUUGGAGCUUGUGGAAGAAUGGUGGCUGUAAACUAUGUUGGAGAAGAACUGUGGAGUUACUUUAAUGCACCAUGGGAGAAACGAGUCGACCUCGCUUGGCAAUUAAUGGAAAUAGCAGAGCAACUUACAAACAAUGACUUUGAAUUUGCACUCUACCUCCUGGACGUCAGCUUUGACAAUUUUGCAGUUGGUCCUAGAGAUGGGAAGGUAAUCAUUGUGGAUGCAGAAAAUGUGUUGGUUGCUGACAAAAGGUUAAUUAGACAAAAUAAACCUGAAAAUUGGGAUGUAUGGUAUGAAAGCAAAUUUGAUGACUGUGAUAAGGAGGCUUGCUUGUCAUUUUCAAAAGAAAUUCUUUGUGCUCGUGCCACUGUGGACCACAAUUAUUAUGCUGUUUGUCAAAACCUCUUAUCCAGACAUGCCACCUGGCGUGGCACUUCUGGAGGACUCCUUCAUGAUCCGCCAAGUGAAAUUGCCAAAGAUGGCCGACUAGAGGCCUUGCUGGAUGAGUGUGCCAACCCAAAGAAGCGCUAUGGCAGAUUCCAGGCUGCAAAAGAACUGCGUGAAUAUCUAGCACAAUUAAGUAACAAUGUGAGGUAGUCUAUGGUGGACUUUUCUCUUCUCCAUUUAAAUAUCACUGGCUAAAAUUAAACCACCAAAACCUAUCUGGAAAAAUGAAAUUUGGAAGUAAUACAUUCAGAGGGUGAUAAACUUGCACUGAUAGAUCUAUUGUUAACAUCCAUCAAAAUAAGACAUUACUUCAAAAAUCACAUGAUGCUUCUGCAAAUAAGUUUCUUCUUACACUUUGGAGACUUGAGCUAUCAUUGACUGCUUUGCCCCCUGAAUGCCUGAGUGGAUUAAUGAAUAUUGUUAAGCUAUUGGAAAUGAGUCUGAUAGUUACAUUGGCUUGUGUAUCAAAAGGUACUUGGUACUUGACUUAGUUUGCAUUACUAUCAUGAUUUUGUGAAUCUCGUGCAUUUACUUUGAAUGUCAAGUUAGACUGGCCUGUUUUAUAGGCCACUUUUCCUUCUGGUGUGUAAGGGUUUUUUUUUUCAUUUUUAUGUUUUUGUAAUAAGUUUUACACAUUCAGGUUACUGUAGGCGUUCAUUUAAAUUUGGUCUAGUCUUCAUUCAGUGCUAUGUGCGGUACACCUUUACCGUUAGGGCAGGAUUCCCAGGUUUACUGUGUUUUUUCAGAAUUUGAGUAUUUUAUUAUGUAAAUACUUUUCUUCCUACUUUCUGUGGUUUCACCAUUGCAUGAGAUCAUUUAAGGUUAUUUAACAGUUACAUCCCUCAAUGCCAAUAAUUAUAAGUGUACACUAAACAUAAAGUUUGGCAUAUGAUGCAGAAUGUCAUUUUGUCCUUUAAAUGGCUUUGAGAAGAGUAUACUAGCAGUCUACAUCUUGAUGUUAAUUUUGAUUAAGAAAAAAUAAAAACCGAGUGUUUUUCAAAUGCUAACUAGUCCAAGAUGGUAAUGCAUAUGCCAAAGAAAUAUUAGACCUAGUCCCAUGGUUAGAAUUUAAAAUUGGUCACCUACUUAUUCUUACUAUCCCACUCCCAAUACUUUAACUCUGUCAUUAUUAAAUUCAAAUCUCCCUGGUUAUUCUUUUGUGUUCAAAAAUUCAGCCACUACUUCCAAGCAUAUGUAACUUAAAGAUAUCCUACCUUUUAUUCAUUGGUACUUUUGCAAAAAUUAACGUGGUAGUCAUAAUUUGAGUUUAAUCAGGCAUCGUAACUUUUUAUUUAUUGAUAGACCAGUAAUUUUUACUAUAAAGCAGACAGUUUAGCCAGUCUGCCCAACUUGGUCUUCAUUACCCCAUUGUUAAACAUCAAAACAUCAGAUUUAAGUAUGUGGAUAAAAAUUAACAAAUGUGUGAAAUUUAUGGGCUAUCUUUAAAAGUUACAGUAUAUAAAUUGACUAUCACUAACAUAAGUGGUAUUUUUCUGUUUGAAAUUAUUACUUUUGUUUAUAACAAAGUUUGGUGUAGUGUGCAGUAUUUAGUUCUAGACUGACUUUAUUCUAAAUCAGAAAGUGAUUAAAAUAUGCACAACCAAAGCCAAUUUUUUCUUUUCAUUCAUUCAAGAACUAUUUAUUGAGCAUCAACUCUGUGCCAGGCACGGUACUAGCUGCUACACACUCUCUGAACAUGACAUAUGGUUAAGUAACUUUACAAUGAUUAUCAAAUACUUUAACGUAGGUAUUUCUUAAGUUGAAAUAGCAUUCAUUAAAUCAGGAUGAUGCUUUCAUGUUAUUUUACUGUUGUGAUGGAAAUUCUACUUGUACCAUCUAUAACUGGGUUGCUACAAAAAGGGCAGGAUGAAAUCAGUAAAGUUAAUCCGAGUUUAAAAACUGGAAGGAGAAGGGUAAGAUCUCUGCCAUUAUAAAAUAGAUUGUGUUAUGUUAGUUUUUAUACAUCAGUACAUUACAUAUAUUAACUAGCCCUCAAAGAAACAUUUUAGUGCUGGAAGUUUUACAAAGCUGACUUUUUACAACUUUGGGAAACCUUUGAGGGGAGUAGGUGAAAUUACUUGUCAACGUUAACCGCUUACUCAAAACUUCAGAUAAAAUACACAUUUUCAAAACAGAGCACCUUUUAUAUUUGAUAAGUAUUCAUUACAAACCUUAGAAUGCUAGUCACAGAGGGGCUGUCUUUCUGUGGUUUAGCAAACAUUUAUCUUACUUUUUGGAGGAGUGAUUGUGAUUGCAGAACAGGAAGUGAGAAGACACUGCCAGCAGUGAUUGCUACUUGAGGUAGUUUUUUAUAACUCCCGUUUCUGCCAUGAGAUUAUGUAGAAUUUCCUUUUAUCUUUGGAGAAGGUUGAGGAGAAGAUAGUAAAAGAAUUAGGAAUUUAAAAUUACAGGGAAAAAUAUGUAUGUGAAAAGCAAUAAAUAUUUUGUUCACUUUGCUAUCAAGAUGUUCACUAUCAGAUAUUUAUUAUACAGCAGCAAUUUAUAUUUUUAAUCAUUGCCCAUUAAUAGACGCAGUAAAAUAUUUUUGAAUCAGACAUUUGGGGUUUGUAUGUGCAUUAAAAUUGUCUUUUGUACUGUAAGUUACUGUUUAAUUUGAAUAUUUUAUCAGAACUGUCUCCCUGUGCCUUUAUAAUAUAAAGUUGUUUCUACAACUUUUAAUGAUCUUAAUAAAGAAUACUUUAAGAAUCACA